UUCCUCGCGACCUGCUGAGCUUGCUCUGCAUUCGAAAUUCGAUAGUCAUGGUAUUUGUUGGUCUUAUGGGGCUCAAAAUUUUCCCAAACAUUCCAUGCCUGUACUGACUCGGAGCGACCGGACCAAAGUUUUAUGAGGUUUUAUCCAGUGCCUUGCACUGGUAUUGUAGUUCUCCCAGGAUAAGACAACGAGAGACCUACAGGAGCUUAGGGGAUGCCGAACUGUGUUGCCCAGACUCUGCGUGAGUUCAGCGUGUAUCUCUAGCCGACUCAGACGCUUUUGCCUCAAGGACGCUUCGCAUGUCUCUGAAUUCUUUCACCCAAUCUCGACACCUCUCAGCUGCAGAUUACGGCCGAAUUUGGGCAAGCUCUAUCGACGGAGUACAGUACCGGUACAAACAACUCGCCGCCUACUCACUUUCUUCUCGGAUUUGUCUCCGCCUGGCCAAUGUGAUCGUUCUAACUUGACUAGCAUCACUCCGUGCUACCCAUGUGUUACGACAGGUUCUUCUUGUCCUGCGGGGUGUAGCGUCCUACCAAAGGUAAGAUCGCAAUGCAAUGUGAGGAAUUCCGUGGGGAUGACGGGGGUGGACAUAAGACCACAUUGUCUUUCGUGUGGGCUCCAUCCCCGCUGUUCUUCCCCGGCUCAAAUCAUGUCGC